GUCAUUGUGAUGUCCUGGUGGACUGGUGCAGCUUCUCAAAGAAUGAAAGUGGCUGGAUUUGGAUCGAUGGCUUCCUGGAUUUAAUCAAAAAUCACUUAGUGGAUCUUUGGAAAAAUGGAUACAUCACAGGAUUUAUGACCAUCAAGAGGGUGGAACAACUCCUAAAGGAAAAAGAUCCCGGUACCUUUCUGCUUCACUUUCUCGAGAGCAACGGAGAUGCAGCUAUCACCUUCAGCUGGGUUGACCAUGACUCCAAUAAGAAGUCUAUUGUGACUACAGUAGAGCCCUACACCAAAAAAGAGCUGUCCAAACAUGAUUUACUACACAUCAUUUACCACUUCCGCCUGGAAUCAAACCUAGGGGGACUUGUGUUAACAAGAAAUCCUCUGCUCUGCUUUUACCCUGAAGACAAAGACAAAAUCCUUGAAAAACACAAAUCCCCAGAAUCACCUUCAGAGGAUGGAUAUCUCCGCAGAGCCCAUCCUUUUAAAGCAGACGAUCCUAUAGCAUCUGGGAAGGAUGUCCUUGAAGAAACUGUUGAUGAAGCCAUCUCCAGCAGAGGAAUCGUUGGUGACCUAUUCGAGAUGUCUCAGUCUCCCUGAAACGUCAUCCAUCCAUACAUCUUCUGCUUAUUCAGGGCCAGUUGAUACAUAAUAAAGACAAGACUUCAAUUUAUUACAUACAUUAUUUGGCCAGGCAUUGGAUAUUCCUACAGCCCAUUUUUCUUUGCUUUGCUUUAAAAUGUUACUCAUAACUCCACCUUCAGGCUGAGGGACAGUUCAUUGUAGAGCACUGCCAGAGCCAACCUGAGGAGGAGCAUCAAACAAGCCAAGGAGGCCUACUACAGCAAAUGCCACCAUGUGUGGACAGGCAUCCAAGCCCUCAACAACUACAAUGGCCAGAGCCGAUGUGAGCCAUCGUCUGAGAAACCCUCAUGAUUUGGGCCACUUACAUACUCAGACCUAGUCCUUUUGCACUGCUUCCAAGCACUUAGCAACUUUUUCUUUAAUAUGUGCUUUUCUUUUCUUUUUGUAUGUAUUCUUCUUGAUUGCUAUAUAUUUUCUCUGUCUGCUGUUUAUAUUUUAUUAUAUUAUCCUGGGAAAAUAUGUGUGUGAUGCUAUUACGGACAAGCAGUUCAGCUACAUGGUGUACUUGUACAUGAUUCUAAUUGUGCUCUGGAUAACAGCAGAGGAGCCACAACAAGGCCUGAGAGAAAGACAGAUUAGAGUGACAGAGAGAGAGAGACAUUUCUUUAGCUUACUGUAAAGUUUUGCAUAACAAAGCAGCCAGCAUCACAGUAGAGUGAUUUUCACUAACUUUGUGGCAGCAAAAUAUAAAUCAGGAAUUUUACUCUUUAUACUGUUUUUGCUGUGAACUCAUUCGCUGACUUUAAAAAAAAAAAAAAUUAUGCCAAGGCAGCCAUCACACUCAAGUGAUGUCACAGUUCUACUUCUGUCACCCAAGCCUUUCCAUCUAAUGGGACUUUCUAGUUUGUUUUCCCCACAGUGAAUGUUGCUUGAAUAUUGUUGUGAUAAAUAUGUAUUUUUUUUAUUCACAUCUGAAAUACAUGGUUUUGAAUUAAUAAUGCUGCUAAAAUCACAUACUUGCUUUAUGCUUCAAAGCACAAUUCCUUAUUUUCUUUGCGUUCUUGUUAAUUUAAUGAUAUUUGGUGCACAAUUCUACAAUAUUGAUAAUUAACAAGGAUUAACUAGUGAGGUUGUACUGGGGGGGGGGGGACCACUACCAGCAGACUUCUUUACAUCAGGUUGAGCUUGGUGUGUGAUGUUAGAUGAUCCGGAGCCAUUUAAAGCAA